ACAGAAAUCAAAAAAAUAUUUUAUUUCUCCUGUUAUGAAUUUAUAUUGGAUUAUAAUGAUAUUACUGGUGAUUUCUGGUAUAUUGGCACAAAUCGAACUAAGUGAUAUUAAGGAAAUACAAGACACUAUGAUUGACACAGAAAAAAAUUUAAUGAUCAAUCCGGACGGCCCACUAAAUGUACUAAGAGGGUAUAUUAUGCACAAGACGGGAUAUAUGCACAACAAACCUGGAUGCAUCCCAGAGAUCACAUUAGAAAUUGCUAAGAUAGCGAAUUUAUGUAACAGAAAAAUCAAAUCAAUGCUAAAUAACGAACAGGAUAUAGAUGUUUUAAAGGAAAGUCUAACAGCCAUAUUUAAGUACUUAUCAUAUAACUCGAACAUUACAAUAGAAUGCGAAGACAUGGAAGUAAAUAUGCGCACAGACAAUAACAUAGAUAUUUUCGGAAAAAUUAGUUUAAUGUAUGAUUUUAAUGGCGUGUGUAAUGGGGCUGUAUUAAAUAUGAUGCAAGGGCAUGCACAGUUAAAACUAAUUAAAAAAGCGUUCAAUGGUGUAGAAAAAAUUAAAGGCAUGUUAUCAACCAUUCAAAAUAACUACAGCAAACAUAACACAUACAUAGGACAUGCAAUCAAACAUUAUACAGUGAUUGAGCUUAACGAUCUUAGUUCUGGGAUGGAUGAAACCAUUUACAUUCCUAAAGAGGAGUAUUUAACACACUUAAAGGAAUAUUCUAACAGCAUAGCUACGCCUAACUCUACUAAGGGCAAAGACAGUGUGAACUCACCAGAAAGUAUAUAUAAAAUUUUCCUCUGGAAGAGAAUUGACAAUGACAGUUAUAAAUUGUUCCUUGUUACAAACUUUGCUUUCUCUAUGGUAAAUAAGGAGCUAAGUAAAAAGGACGCAAUGGUUCGAUUCACUGAUAAUAUUAUAGGAAGCGCCAAGCUCAAUAACAGGGUACCUAGAGCAUAUGUGCUAACCGGGAUUAAGUUCAAUCACAAUUUACGUGACUUCUAUCCAAAAAUUGAGAUGGAUCUUAUAGAAUUAGCAGAUUCUGAAUUUAAUCCGGGUAAUUUCAACUCAAUUGUAAUUAGCAUGUUGUUUGAUGGAAAUUAUCCAGAAGAUAUUGUUAUAAAAUCCUUAGAAUUUUGGCUAAGUAUGGCUUCAAACUGGUUCGUGCAUUUAACCUACUGA